UUUUCACUCACUUGUUACAAUAGAAAGAAAAAAAAUACCUUCCUUAUCAUUAUUUUACGUACUGUUGAUUUACCCAAUAAUGUUUAACCGCGCACAAGCUUCCCAUUUUUUCGUUUUGACACGAUCUGCCACUUCUGUUGUACAUAAACAACCAUCUCGAAACUAUAUAUCAUCUGCAGCACCACAACGCAAACCAGCCCAAGAUCUUACUACAAAUACAUCAUCAACCAACACACCACCACCACCACCAUCAUUAUCAUCCAAUAGACAGUCAUCUUCUGAAGUGGUGACUACAUCCCAAGUUCCUUCCUCAACAUCAUCAUCAGACUUUGUCUUACUUGAUGAAGAUAUUUCAUUCUCGUCCCCGGCUGUAAUGGAUCAAUAUACUCCUUCUCUACGAUCCUCACAAUGGUUACAAGAAAGAAAACCUUCUGUAUAUGAUUUUCCCUCAUCAUCUUCACCAUUAUCACAUCAUUUUGAUACUUUUGCUCUAGUGGAAAGAUUACAAUCAGAAGGUGGUUUUACUCGCAUCCAAGCUCGCUUUCUUAUGGAAAUUAUGCAAGAACAGAUCCGAUCCAAGGUCACGACGACAAAAGCUGAUUUACUCAGCUCGGCUCAAUUGGAAAACGAUACACAUAUACUUAAUGCCAGUAUUGAAGAUCUUCGAAACGCAGUGACAUUGACUCGGAAAAACGAUGCAGCAUUAUUGAAAUCGAAUUUGAACACGAUUGCCAGGGAUAUUGAAAAUUUGGAACAGCAUUUGAACGAAGAUGUUAACUAUUUACAAAAUUCGAUUGAUCUCACAUUGAAUGAUUUUCGAGCUGAUAUACGACAAGAACAAAAGGUGAUCAUGAUUGAAACACAACAAGUCAAUCAUCGGUUGACAGUAAUGCAAGCAGAUGCAAAUAUGGCUUUGGAACGAAUGAAAUGGGAAACAAUCUGGCAAAGUUUAUUAAGCAUUGUCAUUACUGGUAUGGGACUCACUAUGGUUGGAUAUGGUCUCUCCUCUUUUCGAUCCAAGAUGGAACCAAAUCGUGUCGAUCCAAUAGAAAUUGACCAAACCUUGACUGUAGCCGAUAUGGAACUCUAAUGAUCCCUUCUUUUUGUUUUUUUUUCUUCUCCUACCUUUCUUUCCUUCAUCUUUGUGUAUUUUUAUGCUUUAUCUUUGUACUAGUAGUCUUUUUAUGUUAUUUUACCUUCUCACUGUCUUCUAACCUUUUUCUCCCUUAUUGUUUAUUGAUCUUACCUUCUUGUUAUAUAUACACAAUCACUUCCUUUUGUUUCCUUUUUUUUUUUUAUCUUUAAUAAGUAUGUUAUCAUCCAUCAUAUGUAUCUAUUUUAUUCUACUUGAUAUUACCCCUUUUGAAAUAAAAC